UUUGCCCCGGAUACGGUGAUUUCAGGGGUGAUGAGGCAGACAGCUGCAGGGUGUGACUGUCUGGCUUCUCCACCAGCUCCUGGCUAUGCAGGCAUCUCAAAGGUCUCCUUGCAGAGGGUGGCUCUUGUUGCCUGUAGCAGAAAGGACACUGACUUGUCCAGAAGCUGCGGUAAUGAGCAUCCUGGAACAGUUCUGGGGAUUUGGUUCUACCUGUGUUCUGCAGUUCUAGUUCAUGUUGGGCUGCUAGAGAAGCAAAGCAAAAUACUCUGCAUGUGUGGAAAUGUGGCUAUGAACCAGUGGUUCUCUUCCCUAGUUAAUUUUCGCUUGUAGACUAACUUUUUGGUCUAAUUCUAUGCCUGGUGCAGGUCCAGCCCCCUCUCUGUUACCUCAGGAGCUCCAUGAUGACUGCGGAGCCACAUCUGCUGACCCCUUUUGCAGGAAGCCCUGGUGCCAGGAGCAGCUGAUGAGCUUGGCUGAACCGUGUGACUUUGUCUAGAGCUGUUUGUGUGACUCUGCCCUGUGCUUCCCAUCAGGCCUGAUCUGGGCAACCACAGACUGCAGCACAGUGCCUAUGAGCAUAGUCCCUCUGGGGCUGGUCUUGUUCUGCUCUCAUUUACCAUAGUUUUGUUCACAAGUUUUCUUUUAGCAUGGCUCUUUUGGAAGUCAAGUUGGUGAUAAAAGAGAGCCAACUAUUGUGAUGUGAGCAAAACUGAAAAACACAGUUUAGCCAGGCCAACUGGUUAAUGAAUUGCUCAAACAUGCUUUAAAACUUUAAUUGAAGAGUUAAUACUUGUUUUCCUAGUUCCCUUUUAACGGAUGCUUGUUCACAUUAACCAUAAAGUGUUGCAGCUUUUACAGUUAUCAUGAAUUAACAAAUUGUCCUUGCCUUUUUGUAGAAGCGGAACUGGUGGCAUAUGAGCAAUGUAUUAAAUAACAUGAAUUGAAGUAGCAACCAAGGCCUCUCAUUCUGUAUAACUGGUGUGUUUGAUUUUCUUCAUUUUCAAGAACAAAAUGCUGUUACCUUGACGUUUGCCACAUUAUUUUGAGAGACAAAGCUGUCGUGCAUUCUUUUGCCUGGGAGGGUAUCUGUCCAGUGAUAAGUUUAAUGAAACUUUACUGCCGCUUUUGUACUUUAGGGGUCUUUGCAGGAAGAGAUAAGAAAUUCAAAUGAGGAAGCACUAUGUGACAGUAUGGGAAACAGCAGCUUGGAAAGAUAACUUACAUUGUUAAUUUGUCCACAGAAAAGGGUUAGCGAUAAUGUUAAGUGGUCUGCAGACAGAAAUAGGAGCAAGAAACAGGAUGUAGAAACAUGAUAAAGGAAAAGCAAAAUGAGGUUCUGUUGGUAUGGCAUGGCAUUAUUUUGUGUAUAUGGUGAAAGCAGGUGGUAAGGAAACUUUCCCGUCUGACCGUUUGGGAGGGCACGCUGGCAGUCAGGGAAGCUCUAUUUCCCUACAAACAGAGAUGGGGACAAGUUCUGCCUGCAGCGCCUCCUGUAUGUCCCCUGCAAAGAUCAGAUUGUGGCCUCAUUUCUUUGUCGCUGGUGAUGAGCAAGGUUUCAGGCUCCGCUUGUUACGGAUGUAUCUAGCAUCUAGUGGGGAAACAUUAUUGAUUUUCAGGGUACUCCUGCUUUAACUUGCAAAGGAUUGGCUGAGGCCUUUGAAGUGUACCAGGGAUUAAGAUUGCUUUAGGAAAACUGAGUUUGAGUCUCUGUCCCUACAAGAGACACAUAACUCUUGUUUGUAUGGGCAGGUGGACCACCCUAACCUGCUCUGUGAGGUGGUGGUGAUUUUUUGACCCCAGUUAGUCCUUGUCCUGUGCUGAGGUUGUCAGAGGUAGCAGUAGCCUUGCAGUGUGUGACACUGUCUGCCUUCAUCUCAGAGAAGAAAAUCAGAGAGUAUUCCUCUUUCUCAGCUGGUGGGAAAGUGGGUAGAUGUGGUCUUACCACUCGGAAUGGCACUGACAGAGAUGCUUGUGAUAGGUUGAAGUGGCCCUGUAUGACUCUUUGCUGCUCAUCCUUGAUUCCAGGGGUUGCUCUUCCCAUAAAAGGACCUGGAAUGCUGUCCUGCUGUUCUUACGGUUUUGUACUUCUGCACCAUGUACCAAUGGUAUAAUGAAAGCUGUAGCCUUUCCUAUGAGGUGGAAGCUUUGCUUCCUUCUCUGUCGUUGGUGGUUUUGAGAUGGAGAAUUGACAUGACAUAAUGUGUGGAGCUGAACUGUGAAUUUUGAUCCUCUUCUUUAUCCUCUUCUUUAUCCUCUUCUUUACAGCAUCAGGUUUUUACAGGGUCAAAGAAGGAAGUGGUUUACUGGGUCACUUCCUCUUUUUAUUUUUUUUUUUUAUCACAACUACCAGUAAUAACCACAGAGAAAGCAUACAAACAGUGGGCAUUUGAUGUGAAGCUUUAUAUGGGAAAGGCUGCUCAUUGUGAACGUGCUGCCAGCGAGGCUACAGACUGACACAACAUGGCGAAUGCGCUUGCAAAUGCCAUCUGCGAGCGCUGCAGGGGGGGCUUUGCCCCUGCCGAGAAAAUUGUCAACAGCAAUGGUGAGCUGUACCACGAGCAGUGCUUCGUCUGUGCCCAGUGCUUCCAGCAGUUCCCCGAAGGGCUCUUCUAUGAGUUUGAAGGGAGGAAGUACUGUGAACAUGAUUUUCAAAUGCUUUUUGCCCCUUGCUGCCAUCAAUGUGGUGAGUUCAUUAUUGGUCGUGUUAUUAAAGCCAUGAAUAACAGCUGGCAUCCAGACUGCUUCUGCUGUGAUAUCUGCCAAACAGUAUUGGCUGAUAUUGGAUUUGUCAAGAAUGCUGGCAGACAUCUCUGCCGUGCUUGCCAUAACAGGGAAAAAGCCAGAGGCCUGGGAAAGUACAUUUGCCAGAAGUGUCAUGCCAUUAUUGAUGAACAGCCUCUCAUCUUCAAAAAUGAUCCUUAUCACCCUGAUCAUUUCAACUGUGCAAACUGCGGGAAGGAACUUACUGCUGAUGCUCGUGAGCUGAAAGGAGAACUCUACUGCUUACCCUGCCAUGACAAAAUGGGUGUCCCCAUCUGUGGGGCAUGUAGGAGACCAAUUGAAGGCCGUGUGGUGAAUGCUAUGGGCAAACAAUGGCAUGUGGAGCAUUUUGUUUGUGCAAAAUGCGAAAAGCCAUUCCUGGGUCAUCGUCAUUAUGAGAGAAAAGGCUUGGCGUAUUGUGAAACCCACUACAAUCAGCUAUUUGGUGAUGUUUGUUUCCAUUGCAAUCGUGUGAUUGAAGGAGAUGUUGUGUCUGCUCUGAAUAAGGCAUGGUGUGUGAACUGUUUCGCUUGUUCAACUUGCAACACUAAGUUAACCCUCAAGAAUAAAUUUGUUGAGUUUGAUAUGAAGCCUGUCUGCAAAAAGUGUUACGAGAAGUUUCCUCUAGAGCUGAAGAAAAGACUGAAGAAAUUAGCUGAAACUUUGGGAAGGAAGUAAAGACUUCAUCUGCUCUCCUCUUCCUUUGUGAAAAUCCUAUAGAUACUACUUGAGGGGGAGGGGGGAGUUGCUGCUUUGAGGCUGUAGUCAGACAACAAGUGCUGAUGCGUGCCUUCUAUCAACCCAGAAUACAUUAAGGUUCUCUGUUCUCUGUACAUGUGUGCUUACUUGUUGACAAACAGACCAUACUUCCAAAAUAAAUACCAGCUCACCUGACAGGUUUCUGACCAAUUAUGCCAUUGUAUGGAUGCAGGUGGUCAAUUCUGUACACUAAUUCUCUGUGGAACUCUUCAGAGAGAGAAAAUUUGCUUGUGAACACCACCUGUGAAAAAAAACUUUGCAAAUGCACCCAACUUUAGGGAUGUGUAUUGUCAUUUAUGUUAGUGAAAAUAUUAACCUUUGUAUUAAGCAUGCAGACAGAACUUGCCCAGCUCAAGUGAUAUGGGCAGGAAACCAAUAUCCUUUGCCUCAUGGAAAAAUUCACACUUAGAUUUCAAGCCAAGUCAUUUCAUUAAGGAGCCUUGUUUCAGAUGGUUUGAGAACCAUCAGAUUUCUAAAUAUAGCACUGUACAAAUGACAUACAUAAAAUGAUAAAAAUGAUAGAUUAUGCUUACAUGAUGAAUGUUUCUACAUCAGGCUUAGCAUGAGAUACUUAUAUAAAAAUGUAUUCCUAUUGCAAGAAAUGAGCAUACUCAGAACUACUUGAAUUUUGCUAUAUUCCACUUAAAAUAACACAUUAACUUCUAUAUAUGCUUUUGCAUUCUAUUUACUUUUUGUGCCUUAUUCUGCUGGACCAUACCUAACAGUGUACCAUUAAAUAUAUAUAGUUUUAUAUUUUAUUUCAUAUUUUUAUGCAGAAACUAUAUAGAACAUAUUUUCAAAAGAUAACAUACUUUGCCUUAAUUAUACAGGAUGCAAGAAGUAUUUUAUUUGAAAUGUGAACAUCUGCAUUUAAAAUUUAGCUUCUAGACUUCAUUGAUUUUCAGAACAAUAUUGAAAAUGCAUAUUUCAAUUAACUGGCAAUAUUACUUUUACACCUCUGAGUGUAAAUAUGCAAGGUUUGAUCCUGCUAGGAUCUACUUCUUUAGCCAUCCUCAAGGACUGAGCUUACAAAUAAUCAAAGUUCUUUAUAACAUUCAUUUAAUUGUUUUAUACUAUUGAGUUCUGUCCAUGCAAAUUUGGGGUUUUUUGCCCUUUCUUAUAGAAAAUACAGCUACUUAGGUCUUCUUGAUGGUACGAAGUAUGCAAACUUUUUUUUUUAUUUUUGUACAUUAGUGACUUAAACUGAUUUUAUGUAAUUACAUAACAGGAAGUAAAAUUUUCUUUCUUUUUUAUGAAAAAUUAGUUACUUUAAAACAUCUGCUUUCCUGUGUCAUCAAUAAAGGCCUUGAUAUUAAACUGUG